GGCGGGGGCGGAAGCAGCGCGUCUUCCUGGGCGCCGGGACCGGCUGGGCUCGCACCCCGUCGGGGCUCGGGGGCGGCGGCCAUGACUCUGGCCGUCUUCUUCGGCUGCGCCUUCAUCGCCUUCGGGCCGGCGCUGGCGCUCUUCCUGCUGACGGUGGUGGCCGAGCCGCUGCGCAUCAUCAUCCUCAUCGCAGGGGCCUUCUUCUGGCUGGCCUCGCUGCUCUUCUCCUCGCUGGUCUGGUUCAUCGCGGCCAAGGCCAGCGACCCGUCCAACGAGGCGCUCCAGAGGGGCCUCCUCAUCUUCGGCGUCAUCUUCUCGGUGCUGCUGCAGGAGGCCUUCCGCUUCCUCUACUACAAGCUGCUCAGGAAGGCGAUUGAGGGGCUGUUGGCCUUGAGUGAAGAUGGCUGCUCUCCCAUCUCCAUCCAGCAGAUGGCGUACGUGGCCGGCCUGGGCUUUGGCCUCAUGAGUGGGGCCUUCUCCAUGAUCAACCUGCUGGCGGACGCUCUGGGGCCCGGCACGGUGGGCAUCCACGGGGACUCCCAGCUCUACUUCCUGACGUCAGCCUUCAUGACGCUGGUGCUGGUCCUUCUGCACACCUUCUGGGGGAUCAUCUUCUUCCACGGUUGUGAGACCAAGCAGUGGUGGGAAGUGGGGGCUGUGGUGCUCACCCACCUGAUCGUCUCUGGCCUGACGUUCUGGAACCCGAUCUACCUGGGGAGCCUCCUCCCUGCCUACCUGCUCAUGGCAGGUGCUGCCGUCUGGGCCUUCCACGUCUCUGGCGGCUCCAAAGAGAACCUGCGCCACUUCCUCCUGUGCCUGCGGAGUGGGACAGCGCCACCGCCCGGAUCCUGAGGCCCCUCUGGGCUCCCCCGCCCUGUCCUUUGGAGCCAUUUGCUGAGGCCAGGAGGACGCAGCUGCUGUGCCUUUGGGAGUGCUUCUGGGCCCGAGGAGGGGGCCGCUGGACUUGCCCCCCGAAGUUGCCGUAGAAGGUCUGGGCACAAGGGGCGCUGCAGCAGAGCUCCUGGACCCUGUGAAUCUGCAGCAAAAGCCCCCUCCCUCCAGAGAGGGGUUUCUGGCCAGCUGGCGUUGUUUAAAUAGGGGGUGGGCUUUGGGGGUGCUGGGCGAAUGACAGGUGCCGGCAUAGGGUGUUGGGGGGGUGAGCAUCUGUCUCUGUGGGGUGGGGGUGCAGAGGGAGAGCCAGCUGUGUGGUCUGCUUAGAGGAGAGAGGGGAUCGGGGUGGGGGUUACUGGGGAAGGGGGAGUGCCCCACAUGGCCUCUUUCUUUCAUGGGGGCACAUCUCUGCACAUUUGUACUAAUAAAAAUGCUGGAUGAGG